CAACGGCGGAUAUCUCGUGGGGCUCAACGCUUCAUCAUCGCCUCUCGGUGCUUGUCGAUACAGCCAUCAGCGUCAACAAAGAUGGGUCUAGCGACAACAACCACCGAGGGCCCUUUGUCCUCUAACUGGGUGAUGUCUACCAGCAGCAACGCUCAUCUGAGUAGCGACCGUCGAUGGUUCACCACAUACACGCCUUUCAAGUCUUUUGGUUGCUCCCACUACCCGUGGCUUACGAAAUUGCCUGUGGUUGGCCUUGGCACCGUCCUACUCCCCGUGAAGCUGUCACCAACCCGCUCCGGUCCGGACGCCCAUGGCAAGCUCGAGCUUCAGGACGUUUUACACUGUCCAACCGCCACGUGCAACGUUGUGGGUCUUCCUGCAUCCGCUCAUAACUGGAGAAUCAGUUGUGGUGACCCAACCGGAAGAACCAAAGGAAAAAUCACAGACCGUCAGGGCAAAAAUCUCGCGUACUUUGACCCUAAGCGCAAAAACACUGAGAUCAAGCUGAGUGGGCCACCCGUUGGUCCUGUGGUCGGUCCUAGCGUUCUGGACGACCCAAACAUGUGUUCUAUCAUCAACGUGCUCUGGGACCCUUCGGAGCAAGCCCGGUGGCACAGGUACAAAAGACUCUAUGUGCAGCCAACGCUCAACGCCAAGUCAACGGAAACGGUACUCAAGGGGAACGCUGCCGAGCGUUCGCGUGCAAGUGCCCCUUACACUAAGAAAGAGAAGCAGUGGCUCAGGAGACACUUUCGCAGCGAAUGGCGCUUCCUGGGCCUAUAUGGAAUGACCAUCUACAAGAAAGAGGAUCGUAAGAAGGGUAGAGCCGUGCUCCGCCGAGUCAUGGCCGGCGAGCUUCCAAUCCGCAGAGAGGGUCUUGAUAAAUGCGGCAGCGACUCCGAUGAUCCUCAAAGUGUCGAGUCGGAGGAUGAUGAGGAGGACGAGGACGAAAACGAAUCCGACACUGAUUCCGACGGUGGCACUUCCGAUGAUUCGUUCGACGAGGACUGUUUGGCCUGGCUCGAAAAGCACUACUCCUAUCUCGUAAUCAAUCAACUAAGUGUAUGACGGGUUCAAAGGUGUUGAAUCAGAAAGUUCAAUGCUGAAGUACGGAAGGUCGUCUCUGGGCCAUUCCAUGUUUGAGUUCCUCUGCUUCAAAGCUACACUCUCGUUAGAUCUCUUUUGUCUCAUCGUGGAAGCAAUGAGUGAGAUGGGUUUGAGGACAGGACAGGCACACCGCACUUGUUUCUAUAACAGCCAUAGUUCCAACAUUGUCGUAUUUGACUCGCAGUGGGAG